GUGUCCUUUCUUCAAUUUAACAUCUCUGGAAAAUUAAAGUACCCCUAGUCUCUCUCUCCUUCUUCCUCUAAUCCAACUUUAGUCAAUCCUUUCACUUAGUCGCUCCUUACAUUUUCAUACUUUUCUUUUUUCACUCUUUUUUAAAAUGCAAUUCUCUAAAUUCUCUUUAUCUUUUGCCACUGCCUUUUUAAUUGCCCAAGUAUUAGCAGCUCCAGCUAAACAACAAGAACAAAAGCGUGACGAUGAUCCAGUUGUCGUUCAUUUAAAAACCACUGUUCAAAACACCAAAACCAAUGUUCAUACGGUACAAGGUUCCACUUCAACUAAAACUAAUACAAACAUCAACACUUCUACCGCUACUGUCACUCAUUAUACCGCCACCGUUACUGAAACAGUGACCGGUGGGGAAAACAAGGUUUAUACCGUCACUGAUACAACCCCAAUCGAAAAUACUAACGCUCAAGAACAAUCAACUGCUACCGCAACUGCUACCGAAACUGAUCUUGGAUCUUCAGCUGAUGAAGUAGAAACUGAAACUGAAACUGAAACUACAUCCUCCUCCUCUAUUUCACCAACCAAAACAUCAUCUACAACUGCUGAAACCACCUCUGAUUCUGCUAAAGCAGUUCAAAGUUCGGGUGUUGCAGCAACCACUUCAAGUACUGCUAGUGCCGCAGCAGAAACUUCAACUUCAUCAACCCUUGUUGCUGCAAGUUCAAGUGCGGCUGAUGCUCCAUCAAUUACCGAUUUAUCCAAUGUUCCAUCUUCUACCGGUGGUUGGAUUAUCGAUGAUGUCAGUACUGCUACUAAAAGUGGUGGUGUCUGUGUUGUUGAAUAUAAUUACUAUGCAGCUUCUGAAUCUGAAGAUACCGUUACUUCAACUUCAACAAUUUAUAAAACUGUUACUCAAAGUUAGAACAUACUUUAAUUAGUCAUUUUCUUCACGAGUUACGAUAUUUCUUUAUAAAAUUGUACCAUAACUGUAUAGUAGUUUUCAGAUGUUUGUUUGUUUUUUUUGUUCUUGUUGGUGGUGGCUCUACUAACUAGUUAAUAUUGAAGACAUCUUAG